AUGGAACCUUUCUCCUUUAAUCCUCCCGGGUUUGUUAACCUUUUAGCUUCGCAGAGGAGUCUACCAAUAGACGUUGACUCUGCUGAGGCAGCUGCUAUCUCUCCCGGGAUAGUGAAACCAGUGGAAAGGAGAAAGUGGGUACGCAAAGAAGACCUCGUGCUCAUCAGCGCUUGGUUGAACACGAGCAAAGAUCCGAUAGUCAGUAAUGAGCAGAAGGCAGGAGCGUUUUGGAAGAGAAUUGAAGAGUACUUCAACUCAAGCCCUCAGCUCAUUGGCGCCGUUCCUAGAGAAUGGAGUCAAUGUAAGCAGAGGUGGGGAAGGGUAAAUGAGCAGGUGUGCAAGUUUGUGGGAUGCCACGAAGCGGCUUUGAAGGAGCAAGCCAGUGGCCAAAAUGAGAAUGAUGUCAUGAAGGCUGCCCAUGACAUCUUCUUAAAUGACUAUGGUGCCAAGUUCGUACUUGAGCAUUGCUGGAGGGAGCUCAGGUUUGAUCAGAAAUGGCGAUCUUUCUCCUGCUCCAAAGAUGGUGGGAAGGAGAAACGGAAGGAAGCAUGUCCGGAGGUGGUGGCUGACGAUGCGGAGGUUAGGCCUCCGGGUGUUAAAGCGGCGAAACGCAAGAAGCACGGGAAUGAACACGCUUAUGAUCAAGUUCAGAGACAGGGAGUGCAGGUGACGGUUUGGAGGUCACGGGUGUUGGAGCUCACGGGUGUUCGAUGUUUGCUGGCUGUUUGUUUCACGGGUAGUUUGACUUUAGUCACGGGAAAGUGUACCAUUUUGUCUCACGGAAGGAACGGGCUAUCUGCACUUCAAAAGUGUACGGCAGCUAUACGUAUGCUGGCAUAUGGUCAAUCGGGAGAUACAUAUGACGAAUAUCUCCGACUUGGUGACAGUACAUCACGUUUGUGUUUGGCAAAUUUCACUGAUGCAAUAAUACAAUUGUUUGGAGAAGAGUAUCUACGAAAACCUACAGCCGAGGAUCUUCAACGCUUACUCGAUGUUGGAGAGGUACGGGGGUUUCCGGGGAUGAUAGGCAGCAUCGACUGCAUGCAUUGGGAGUGGAAAAACUGCCCAACGGCUUGGAAAGUUAAGUUCAAGGUCAACAACCACACUUAUCGUAUGGCCUAUUAUCUUACUGACGGAAUUUAUCCAAACUGGUCAACAUUUAUCCAAUCCAUCCCACUUCCUCAAGGUCCUAAAGCCGAGAAAUUUGCAGAAAAGCAAGAAUCCGCCAGAAAAGAUGUCGAACGGGCUUUUGGAGUAUUGCAAUCGAGGUUUGCAAUUGUUAAAAACCCAGCUCUACAAUGGGACAAGGAGAAUAUAGGAAAGAUCAUGAGAACUUGUGUCAUAUUGCAUAAUAUGAUAGUAGAGAACGAACGACACGGAUACGCUCAAAUUGAUACUUCUGAGUUCGAGUCAGGAGAAUCAAGCAGAAGUUCGAGGGUGACUAGGAGAGAAAGUAUUCAUGUCGGUGAUAUGUUAGGCAUGCGCAGAGAAGUUCGAGAUCCAGAGAAGCAUGCUCGUUUGAAAGCUGAUUUAAUGGAAAAUAUAUGGCAAAAGUUCGGUGACGAAAAUGAAUAA